CCAAUUUUGCGGUUCCCUCCCUCCCUCCCUCGCUUCGCCUCCACCCCACCUCCGGGCUCGGGCCUCCUCCCAAUCUCCCAUGGCUCUCCGAACCCUAAAUCCUCACCGGGGCCCGGCCUCCGCUUCCCCAACCCCGGCGCCUCUCCCGCGCCGCGGUCAGCCGCCGCCCCUCCUCCAUCUCCCUCCCCGCCGCCGCCUCGCGGGCGGCGCCGCCCGGCCGCGCGCCGUCGCGUUCGCCGUCAACGAGGCGAGGUGGCGGGGGCCGCCGCACAAGGGCGGGGGCGAGGGGAAGGAGACGGACCUCUCCACGCUCGGGAACCUCUGCGUCGAUGUCGUGCUCAGCGUGCCCCAACUCCCGCCCGCGCAGCGCGAGGAGCGGAAGGCAUACAUGGAGCGCCUCGCGGCCUCGCCGCCCGAUCAGAAAUUUUGGGAGGCUGGUGGAAACUGCAACUUAACCUUUGCUGCGGCUAGGCUUGGGCUUCACUGUUCCACACUGGGGCAUGUAGGAGAGGAAAUUUAUGGAAAAUUUCUUCUUGAUGUGCUUCAAGCGGAGGGCAUUAGUGUUGUUGGGAUGCUUGAAAAUACUGAUGCUACUGCAUGCCGCCAAGCCUAUGAAACACUUCUAUGUUGGGUUCUUGUAGACCCAUUUCAGAGACAUGGUUUUUGCAGCCAUGCAGACUUUAGUGAAGAGCCAGCUUUCAGUUGGAUACAUAAACUUCCAGCAGAUAUCAGGACAGCUAUUCGUCACUCCAAAAUAUUGUUUUGUAAUGGCUAUGCUUUUGAUGAGUUCUUCCCUGAUGUGAUCGCAUCCUCUAUUGAUUGUGCGAUUGAUGUGGGAACAUCAGUAUUUUUUGAUCCUGGCCCCCGUGGAAAAUCUCUCGUACAUGGGACCCUGGAUGAGCAGAGAGCACUUGAGCAUGCUCUGAGGCUCAGUGAUGUCCUCCUUUUGACAUCAGAUGAGGCUGAAUCACUUACAAACAUCAGAAACCCGAUUCAGGCAGGGCAAGAGUUGCUAAAGAGGGGGAUCCGCACAAAGCAGGUUGUCAUCAAAAUGGGCUCCAAGGGAUCAAUCAUGAUCACUGAGAAUGCUGUUUCCUGUGCGCCUUCUUUUAAGAUUAACGUUGUGGACACGGUUGGAUGUGGAGAUAGCUUUACUGCUGCUGUAGCUUUCGGGUUCCUCCAUGACUUGCCGGCGGUGAACACAUUAACACUAGCAAAUGCAGUUGGUGCUGCAACGGCUACUGGCUGUGGAGCAGGUAGGAAUGUUGCUCACCUGGAUAAAGUACUACAACUCUUGAGAGAAGCUGAUCUCAAUGAGGAAGAUACAGCAUGGAGUGAGUUGAUUGAAGGAAGCUCUCUCUGUCCUGAAGUUUCAGUCCUGUCUAGGACAGCGAUUAAUGGUUUUAGAGAGCACCUUGUGCGUGUUCCUGUUUGCAAUGUGGUUUCUGACCUUCUGCCUAUGUUCGAAGCAAUGUCAGAGCGAAGCACUGUCCAGGCUUAGAACCCAUUCUAAAUAGUAGAUUGUUGUAUUCUUCUUGUGAUUCAUAUAGAUUCUUCUUUUACCCAACCAUCACGCUGUUUUCAGGUGAUGACUGAUAGUUGGAGGGUAGCCUCCAGGUAAUGCGAGCUAUUGAUAGCUGUACAGCUGACACCUUGCAUGGAAUGAUGGUAACAUCUGAGGUUUUGUUCUAACUUGAGCGCGAUUUGAUGCUACAAAGUGUCUCCUUUGCUCACCAGUUAUUUUCAUCUGAUUGUUGGGAUCCCCUGAUCGUUCUGCAGUCUCGAGGCUCUCUGUUUCUAAUGUAAUGGCAUCGAACUUGGUUUUCUUGAUAAUUUUAAAUUUUAAGGUUGUUCGUUUAAA